AUGAUUGCAAAAAGUUUAUACGUGUUGCUCGUUUGCUCUUUCGCGUGCGCCGCUAUAGACCGUCAGGCAGUGGUUUCUCAAUUUAAUGCCGUUAGGACAAGUUUAAUCGAUAAUGAGACUACACCACUUCAGGUCGGGAACGGCAACUUUGCAUUCAAUGUUGACAACACUGGAAUGCAGUCGUUUCUGCCUUUUAAUACACUAUCCAGCUGGGCAUGGCAUAACGAUUCCCUUCCAACAAACGGUGAAGAAUUGAGCGACUACGAGGGCGUGCCUAUGUUGACACAUGGAAGAAAUGUUUCAUAUGAUCUGUCGGAUUCCAAACUUCCAGCUAUUUCGCAAUGGCUUAUAGGAAACCCUAAUCGCAUCAACUUGGGUCGCAUAGGUCUCAAGUAUAAAGGUGAUACCCUUUCGGCUACCAAUAUUACGGAAUCCAACCAGGAGUUAACUUUAUGGAAUGGUUUUAUUACAUCGACUUUCAAAGUAGAUGGAGAAGAAGUGAAAGUUAUUACUCAAGGCGACUUCGACACAGAUUCGGUCGUUUUCGAAAUUGAAUCGGAACUCAUUGCAUCUGGCAAUUUGCAGGUCGAGCUCGACUUCCCGUACCCACCAAUCCAUAGUACCAAAUACAAGUACGAGGUCUUCGCUGGUGUUUACGAUUUUCCUCUUAACCAUACGACAAAGGUUGUCCAAGAUUGUAAGGACAGGGCUUCUGCACAUAUAUUUCACCAGCUACAAGAAACAAGCUACUUUGUCAAUCUGCGGUGGGCUCCCACGAAAUCUUUGGUGCUCUCCCGAGACGAACCUGAAGGGUUAGAUUCCACUAGGGCCCAUCGUUACACAUUGGGCCCAACAAACUCAUAUAACACGACUACAAAAAGCAUCUCGUUCACAGCUCAAUUCGCACCAGAUAAGCAGACAGCGGACCUCCCUGCAACAAUUCAGCAACGUAACCCUAUAGGCUGGGAGGAAUAUUGGAGCAACGGUGGUUUUGUUGACUUGACCGACUCCUCAAAUCCAAAUGCAACGGAGUUGCAACGACGAAUCAUUCUUUCUCAGUAUCACGUGCGGGUAAAUAGUGCACCCAAGGGCCAAUCGCCACAGGAAAGCGGGCUGAUGAACAAUGGCUGGUACGGAAAAUUCCACAUGGAGAUGGUCGUGUGGCACAAUGCGCACUGGUCAACUUGGGGACGCCAAAAGCACUUUGAUGAUGUCUUCCCGGAACUGUACGAAUCACUCUUGCCGACGUCGAUCGCGCGUGCAAAAGCCAUGGGCUGGGAAGGCGCGAGAUGGCCGAAGAUGACUCAGACCAUCACAGGGUCAAGCGCACCAGGUGGUGUCAAUGGACUUCUCAUGUGGCAGCAGCCUCAUGUCAUGUACCUUGCUACGCUUGCAUAUCAGGCUUCACCUACUCAAGAUACUCUGCAGCGCUGGGACAAAGUCAUCACUGCUACUGCGGAUUAUAUGGCUUCAUAUGCAUGGAAGAACGAGUCUUCGGGUCAUUAUGAUCUUGGACCUCCCGCAUAUGGAGUUACGGAAAACACACCACCAACACAAUCACUCAACCUUGCAUAUGAGGUUGCUUAUUGGCGUUAUGGCCUCGACGUUGCGCAAGACUGGAAGAAGAAACUGGGCCAGGCCAUUCCCGAAACUUGGACCACUGUCGCUGAGAAUAUGGCACCACCACCUCAAAUCAACGGCCUCUAUGCUGUCUACGAGGGUCUGAAUGCGUCAUGGUGGAAUGAUACGUCUCUCAACGGCGACCCGCGCAGUCUGAUCAUGUUGCAGGGCAUCCUACCAGACACUCCGGCGGUCGAUUCGGAUGUUGCACUGAAAACGGCCGACAAAGUCUGGGAGGUCUGGGGAGACGCGAAUAUCCGAGGUUGGGGACGGCCUGUGCUUGCAAUCAAUUCGGCUCGUAUCGGCAAUCCGGAGAGGGCCAUCUACCAUCUUACGGCGUACGAUUAUUGGCACUUUGACGAUGCUGGCUUUGCUGUUCGAGGAGGUGAUGGAGGCACUCCACCACCUUUCAUGCCAGGAAACGCGGGUUUCCUCUAUGCAGUUGCUUAUAUGGCGGCUGGAUGGCAAGGCUCUGAGAGUGAUGCACCUGGCUUCCCAGCGGAUGGAUCAUGGACAGUCCGACAUGAAGGAUUGCUGAAAGCACCCUAG